AUGCUAAUGAGACAUUUCAACAGCAGCCUGCCUUGGGCGCUUCUUGUGCUCCUCUUGCUGGCCGCUCUCACGCUCCAGUUGGCCAGCGCCGGCGUGGAGCAGGAGCAGGGGGAGGGCGAGAGCGAGAGCGCCAGCACCGAGAGCAACGAGAUCAUUCCGCGCGAGGCCAUCCAGAAGUUGGACUACUCUGUGCGCCAGGCGCUGCUGCGGGCCAUCGACAAGCUGGAGCAGGAGGAGGCGGCCGCCUCCGCAACUGGCGUGACGGAGAGCGGGGAAGAGCGCCCCAGAAGUAGCGGAUCCAGAACGACUCUGGCCCGGAACGAGGCCACCACACUGCCAUCGCCACGGGAAAAGGACGAGAUCCUCGAGGAGAGCACCAACAAGGCCGAGUCGGAGCCGGAGGCGGUGGUGCCCACCGUGCAGUUCUACACGGCCACCUUCGACGAGAGGAAUGCCCAGGAGCAGCUGCUCUCCUCCUUCAUAGAUCGCUCGAAGCUGUGGAAGAAGACUACGGCGGUGAGGAAGCCGAGCACCCAUUCCCAGGCCCUUUCCAUCGAGCCAAAGUCCGUGGAGGCGGGUCCGGAGAAUCGCCAGCUCACACGCAGCGUGGACUCCGGCUCUAGCUCCGGGUCCGUGAGCAGCAACGAGAUCUCCCACGACGGCAGCCAUGAGAUCAAGUUCGAGAUCAGAAAUGUCCGCAAGGAGGCAACCACAGCGGCAACCACCACCUCAACGACGAGUACAACAUCCACGACAGCUCGUCCACGCACCACACGGCGUCGUCCUACAACGACCACCACAACGACAACGACCACAACCACACCCAGGCCCACACAUAACGAGGAUGGGGAGAACAUUGAGCAGGUCGACAAGCAGGACAUUCGCAUCCAGGAAGCACCACUCGUGACGGCCUUCACGGUGGAUCUCGAUGAGCGGGGAACAGCGCAGAAGUUCCGCCCCCUGCUGUCCGGACAACGUGCCAACUAUCCGCAGCAGCAGCAGUAUCCCCACAUUGGACCCACCAUCACCAAGCUGAACGUGCUGGAGACGGAGCCGCCGGCCACCCCGCUGCCCACACAGUACCCGCCCACCGGGAGCAGCAGCACCCCCAUCUCGCAGGUCAGCACGAGUGCGAGCCCCAGCAAUGGGUUCUCCACUACGCCCGCAUUCCUGGCCAGCUCCACCUCCAACUAUGCCAAGCAGGAGCCACUCACCGAUCUGGCGGCCCCGCCCAGUGUGAACAACUAUCUGAUCGAGCGCCAUCGGGCUCUGGAGCAACAGAUCUACCAACUGAAGGUUCAGGCGCAACAGCAGCAGGCUUUAAUCUUGCGCCAGCUGAAGCUGCUGGAGGAGCAGAGCCAGAGCCGCUUCCAGGGCGCCCCACUUGCGCAAUCCAGCACUUUGCAACCACAACAUCAACAGCAACUGCCCCAAGUCCAGCAGCAGCAACAGCAGCAACAGCAGCAACAGCAGCAACAACAGCAACAACAGCAGCAGCAACAGCAUCAGCAUGGUCCGUUGGAGGCCAUUCAGACGCUGCAACCGCCUGCGGUGGGUUACUCCAUAAGACCUUCGGUGGAAUUUAUACCCAGCACACAUACCAAGACUGUUAUUUAUCCCACAUAUCCAAUUGAGCAGCAAUUGCCGCUCCGCGAUGCCGUUUCGGGUCAUAAAUUUGCCCUGAACAACGGCAACAGCCAAAAUAAUUACCAGAAGCUGCCAGGCCCCGCCCCCGCGAAUGCAGUGCAGCAGAUUUUCCAAAACUUGCAGCAAUCAUUGCAGAAAUCGAAUGAAAAUUCCAUCAAUAACAAUGCGCAGGUCCAGCCCUCGAAUCAGUUCAACUUUGCCCCCGCGGAGGCGUCGCACCAGCAGGCCCUGCCCCAGCACAGCUUCAAGCAAUUCCAACAGCCCCAGCAACAACAACAGCAACAGUUGCUGCUGCCCAGCUAUGUGAGCAGUGCCCUCUUUCAGCAGCAGCAACAGCAGCCACAUCAACAGCAUAGGGGCCGGCAGUUUCGCCAGGAGUCGGGAGUGGGCAACUUUGGCCUGAAUUCCAAUGUGGAGAUCCAGCCGAGCAACUCCUUUGCCACCACCAUCGUCAGCCAGCAGCAGCAGCAGCAGCAGCAGCAGCCCAACUCGAAUCCCAGUCUGGAGAAUCAGAACUUCUAUCGGCAGCAUCUGACGCCACAGCUGAGCAAUCAACUCCAACAGAAUGCCCAGCAGUAUCUGCAACAGCAGCUCAUCCAGCAGCAGCAACAGCAACAGCAGCCACAGGCCGCCGAUGCCUCAUCCAACAUUAGUCCAGCUCUCAACCAUGGGAUACCACAGUUCGCCUCACAAAAUCUGCACUUCAAUGGCGCCUUUUGAGCACUUGCACCACCAAUCCAGCACCACCACCCGAUGCACCCCACAGGCACAAAACAAAAAUGUACCUCCAGCAAUAUGCACAUCCGUUUCCGGUCCCGGCCCCGUUCCCGUACCUGUUUCCUUCCCACAGAGCCAGAUGUCCACCGCCCUUCCCAUCCGGUUGAAUUAAGUUUUACGUACAACAUCUUUGUAAAUAUUCAUUCUAUUUUAAAAGUUAAGA